AUGCAGAUCCCUCUCACUCUGCGACUGCUGACUGCUCCUUCAACCCUGCCUCGACUUGCUACAUCUCAAAUUGCUCGCCGCAAACCGCAUCUUCGCAAAUUUGUCUCUACAAGUAUCGCCUGCAGAAUGUCGAAGCCAGCACCAGGACACAAGGACGCCGUGUAUCACACCGAGUGCACGGGGCAGGCGCUGGACACGGUCAAGGCUCACUCGACACCGUCGGAGCAGACCUUGUUCGGUGCCUGCUUCUGCCCAUUCGUGCAUCGAGUCUGGAUCGCUCUUGAGUAUCUCGGAGCCCCGUAUGAGUAUCGCGAAGUGGACCCGUACAAGAAGCCAGCCGAUUUGCUCGAGCUGAAUUCGAAAGGACUCGUUCCGGCGCUCAAGCUGUCCAACGGAAAAGGUCUCGCUGAAUCGACCGUGAUCCUGGAAUACGUCGACGAGAAGUACGGCAGAGGUAAAGACGGCAAGACGCUUCUCCCUCCUCUCUCAGACCCAUACGAGCGAGCAGUCUAUCGUCUCGCAGUCGACAAGCUCAACCGCAACCUGAUCCCCUCUUUCUACCGAUACCUCCAGGCACAGGAAGUCGAAAAGCAGCUCGAAGGAGCCAAAGAGUUCACCUCCCACCUCACCGACUUUGUCCAUUCCAUGUCGUCCGCCAGCACAGCGGGCUUCUGGGAUGGCCAGUCGCUCUCGAUCGUCGACUGCACAGUGGCUCCUUGGCUGUACCGAGCAACCAACGUGCUGAAGCACUUCCGAGGGUUUGAGCCGGACAAGCUUCUCGAAUCGGACGUGCUGGAGAGGUGGAACAAGUGGACUGACGCCGUCUUUGGUCUUGAGGCUUUCAAGGCUACUACUUCCACCGACGAGCUGUAUCUUGACUCCUAUGUCCGCUAUGCUCAGAACCGUCCCAUGACAUCGCAGGUCGCGGAUGCGAUCAACAAGGGUCGAGGUCUGCCCUGA